AUGGAGGAGAGGAAGAGACAAGAGCGAGAAGCUGAAGCACUCCAGCAACGGCUGUUGCAGCAGCAGCAGCAGCAGCAGCAGCAGCGGCAGCAGCGGCAACAAGAGCAUCUGGAACAGCAGAGCGAGGAGCAGAAGCAACAGGAGGUACAAGAGCAGAAAGAAGAGCGAUGGAGUUUGCCACGUGAGUUUCACAAGACCCAGGGACUGGCAACUUGGCACGGGGCCGGAAUUGGAAAGUCGUUGGAGCGUGAGGGGGGGGAGGAGGAGUGGGGGGAGUGGGGGGACGAGGAGGGGGGCGCGCAGGGGGAAGGGGAGCUACACCAUGGGGAGCGCACACGGGCGAGAGGGGGAAGAAGGGGAAGCAGCGGAGGCGGAAGGGGAGGGGGAAGGGGGAAAGGAGGAGGAGGUGCGAGUGGUGUGCGGGGGGAAGGUGGAUGUGGGAGUGAAGAAGGGGGGAAUGGCAAGAGGCAAAAGUAUGCCAGUACAAGUCAUUGGGAAGGAACUGGAGGAGCAGGAGAAGGAGCGGAAAGAGAAGUUGCUGUUGCUUCUCUAGGCGGAGGGGAAGGGGCAGGAGAGGAGGAUGGGGCAGGAGCAAAAAGCGCGACGGCGUCUGCCAUCCGAACGUCCUCGUCAGCAGGCCGAGCCUCAAUGCUAGGUCCGGCGGCGGCGUUAGCUCGGGACCGCCACUCCAAGGUGCCAACCGCCCGGGGCAUGCGCGAUAGGCGGGUGCGCUUAUCAGCCCCGGCCGCCACUUCUUUCUAUGAUGUGCAAGAUAGGCUCGGCGCGGAUACCCCCUCUGCUGCGCUUGAGUGGCUGCUGUAUCAUGCCCAGCAUGCCAUAGCUCGGCUGCCAAAGCAGCCUGCACGUUCGGGAGGACCAGGCUCAGCAGGAGGUCCGGAAGGAGUUGCGGGACUAGCUGGUAUCUCUCCAGCCCCGCUUCUGUCUCUCCCACCCACUUCCAUCCCCCUUGCCCCUCUCACGCUCCCUCCCCGUUUCCCCUGGGACGAGGAGUUUUCUCUUCUGAGCUCUAGAGGGGGUAUAAAUGCGCCAGGUGCUCCUUCAGAUGAACCCUCAGGUGCUCCGUCUGUUGCUCCAGGUGGUCUUCCUGAUGUUCCAGGCGCCUUGGCUGUGUCUCGUCCGGAGCGGUUCUCUCCUGGGGGCAUUGCAGGGGUGAGCAGGGGAGGGUGUGGAGCAGAGGGUUACAGUGUAACGGGUUACACACCAGGUGGUUACAUGUCACAGGGUUACAUGUCACAUGGUUACAUGCAUGAGGGUUACAUGCCUGAAGGUCACCCACUAGGGGUUAGUGGGUAUAACAUAGGAGAUUUGAGUGCUGGUGGUGGGUUUGGUGGGAGAGGCGUUGGUGGUGUGAGUGGUGCUGUUGGUGUGAGUGGUGCUGCUGGUGUGAGUGGUGCUGCUGGUGUGAGUGGCUUGGCAGGUGCCCAUGCACAUGCCUGCACACAUGCCCAUGUCGCCUAUAGAGCAUCGCUUCAGCCUGUCUGA